AUGGCGGUGCUGGGGGCGCCGCGGGGCCUGGUGGCCGCCGCCUCCCGCAAGCGGCGGCUGCUGCUCGCCCUGGCCCUGCUGCGGCCGCCCGCAGCCGCCGCCGCCACCUGCGCCGCCGGGGCGAUAGCGGGGACCGGGCGGCGGGCCUGCAGCGCGCCGGCGGGCGGACAGAUCCCACCCAUUUGCAGGCAAAGAUCAUGGCAGGGCCUGGCAGGGGAUUACUCGAGGCCGUUUCUGGAGCCUUCAGAGAUCCUGCCCAGGUGGCGACUGCUGGAGAAGAGGAUGUGUUGGCAUGGCCAUGCAGGUGGAGGGCUUCACACAGAUCCAAAGGAAGGGCUGCGGGAGAUCGACGCCGGGAAGAUCGUGCGGGCGAUGCUGUCGUACGUGUGGCCGCGGGACAGGCCGGACCUGCGCGCCAGGGUGGCGCUGUCGCUGGGCUUCCUGGCCAGUGCCAAGGCCAUGAAUAUCCUGGUUCCCUUCAUGUUUAAGUAUGCAGUGGACAGCCUGAACCAGGUGUCUGGGGACGUGCUCAACCUCGGCGAUGCCCCCAGCACGGCGGCGACCCUGGCAACUGCUGUCCUCGUGGGCUAUGGUAUCUCGAGAGCGGGGGCAGCAUUAUUCAAUGAAGCAAGAAAUGCAGUAUUUGGGAAAGUAGCUCAAAAUUCCAUCAGAAGGAUCGCCAAGAACGUUUUCCUGCACCUUCACAACCUGGACUUGGCCUUCCAUCUGAGCAGGCAAACAGGAGCUCUGUCAAAAACCAUCGACAGAGGCACGAGGGGCAUCAGUUUUGUCCUCAGUGCUUUAGUGUUCAAUCUGGGACCCACAAUGUUUGAAGUGGCUCUGGUCAGUGGGAUUCUGUACUACAAGUGCGGUGCCGAGUUCGCUUUGGUCACCCUGGGCACUCUGGGAGCCUACGCAGCGUUCACCAUCGGGGUUACCCAGUGGAGGACCAAGUUCCGCAUAGAGAUGAACAAGGCCGAUAACGACGCUGGCAACGCGGCCAUCGACUCGCUGCUCAACUAUGAGACUGUGAAGUAUUUCAAUAACGAAAAAUACGAAGCCCAACGGUAUGAUGAGUUCCUGAAGACCUAUGAAAAUGCCUCCCUGAAGACUACCUCCACUUUAGCUCUCCUCAACUUCGGACAGAGCGCUAUAUUCAGUGUUGGCUUAACAGCCAUCAUGGUGCUUGCCAGCCAGGGCAUUGUUGCAGGCAGCCUUUCUGUUGGAGAUCUAGUAAUGGUGAAUGGAUUGCUGUUCCAGCUUUCUCUUCCCCUAAACUUCCUGGGAACAGUAUACAGAGAGACAAGACAAGCACUUAUAGAUAUGAAUACCUUGUUUACACUUCUCAGUGUAGAUACCAAAAUUAAAGACAAAGAGCUGGCUCCCCCCCUGCAGAUCACCCCCCAGACUGCUGCCAUCGCCUUUGAUAAUGUGCAUUUCGAGUACCUUGAGGGGCAGAAAGUCCUUUCUGGAGUGUCCUUUGAAGUCCCUGCAGGAAAGAAAGUGGCCAUUGUAGGAGGUAGUGGGUCAGGGAAAAGCACAAUUGUGAGGUUAUUAUUUCGCUUCUAUGAACCUCAGAAAGGAAAUAUUUAUGUUGCUGGACAGAACAUCCAAGAUGUCAGUUUGGAAAGUCUGAGAAAGGCAAUAGGAGUUGUACCCCAGGAUGCUGUUCUCUUCCAUAACACCAUCUACUACAACCUGCUGUACGGCAACACCGGGGCCAGCCCCGAGGAGGUGUAUGCAGUGGCCAGGCUGGCAGGGAUCCACGAUGCCAUCCUCAGGAUGCCCAAUGGAUACAACACCCAGGUCGGGGAGCGGGGCCUCAAACUCUCAGGUGGAGAAAAGCAAAGAGUUGCAAUUGCUAGAGCAAUGUUAAAGGAUCCACAUAUUUUUCUCUAUGAUGAAGCCACAUCAUCUUUAGAUUCAAUUACAGAAGAGAACAUUCUCAAAGCCAUGAGGGACAUGGUGAAGCACCGGACGUCGAUCUUCAUUGCUCACAGGUUGUCCACGGUGGUGGAUGCGGAUGAGAUCAUCGUGCUGGAUCAGGGGAAGGUGGUGGAACGUGGCACUCACACGGAGCUCCUGGCGAGUGCCGGCAAUCUGUACUCAGAGAUGUGGCACACGCAGAGCAGCAAAGUGCUCCACAGUCACAACCACCCCAGCUGGCAGCAGAGGAACAACCAGCCAUCCAAAGAGGAGGAGAGGAAGAAGCUGGAAGAAGAAAUUCUGAAUAGUGUGAAAGGCUGUGGGAACUGUUCGUGCUGAGAACGAGCCUGGGGCCUGGACAUCCCAGCAGGGCCCUACAGAACACUCAGGAUCAGGAAUUGUCUGGGAGAUGUUUGGAACCAAAAGCUGUUUUAAUGCCAAGUUGGGUUGUGUUUGUGAGAGGCCGAUUUCAGAUGAAAGCUGAUGGAUUUUACCGCUGGGAAUGGGCUUGUGUUGGGCAGUACAGGUCUGCAGUGAGGACUGUUUUCCCUUGGGAAGUGCCAGGAAGGAUCAAUAUUUGUUGAAAUCUGUAGGGAUUUGAUGCAGCUCGAGGCCAUUGCCUGGCCCUGCCACCCUUUGGGUGCCAGUGGAUGUGCUGCAGCUCUGUCCAGCUCUGCACACAGAAUGACAGGAGGCAACUCUGAACAAAGGCAUUUCCUAAAACAAGAGGCUGCUCAUCCAGCAGAACACGAGGCUUAAAGAACUGCAGCGACUUUCUGGAGAUGACUGAAAACUUCCCGUGUCGUGGAGUUGUUGGAUGAGCAUUCCUGGCUGGGUGAUGGCUCUGCUAGAGUGAGUUGCUGUGGAGAAGCAGAAACAACACUUGGUGAGUCUCCUGUCUGCUGCAAAGUCAAACUUGUGCUUUUUCCCUUUUUUUCUUUUUAAAUUUUAUUUUAUUUUUAUUUUGAAUUUUUAUUCCUGCGCUGUGACUCCAAAGUGUCACCAUGGAAGCAGAUGUUCAAAACACUGAAUGGGAGAGCCAUGGCUUUGGAGGGACUCACUGCAGCACACUGACCCUGGGGACAGUCUACGUGGCAUCUCUUGGAAAAGCCUCACGGCUCUCAAGGAAAACAGAUUGAUUUUGGAGCUCCCUCCCAGCCUCUGUGGAUCUUGGUAAUUCUGCUCCACUGUAAACUGGAACAUCCUUUUCCAAACAGCAGCUUUUCAUAUUCUGGACUUGGAGUUGGUUGUUUUUCAAAUUUCAAGUCAUCUACUCCCAUUAUAAGGUCUUUGUCUGCAGUUUUAGUGUGGAAAAGCCAUAUAAUUUCUUUUUCUUCAUUUUCUGUUGUUAAAGGAAAUGUGUUUGUGGAAAAUGGACAUUAAAAAGGGGCUGCUUCUUGCAGUGUGUAGUGAUCUGUUAACUGUGAACUUACAGAAUUCAAUCCUAAUUUCCAUGUAAGAACUUCCUAGGCACAGGAUAUGGAGCCACAACAAACAACAUCUUGGCUAUUUGAACCUCCAAGUUAGAAAACUUAAUGAAUGAUUUGUGGGGAGCUUGUUGUGCUUUUUCCAAAUGGAUCUUCACAAUUUGCUCCUUGCAGGUGAUCCCUCAGGUUAUCUCAGCUGUUCUGUUCCAGGGAGCAUUACCUGCCUACAUCUCAACACUGAGACUUUAAAUGGUGUUCAAGUUUCUUUCCAGAAUGGAAGUGUAUAAUUUACACUGUACAGGAAGGUGACAGAGCAAGACAGAAAGCUCAGUUGAGAUCAGACUGUGUAACCCUUCUGCUGGAAGACUCCUUACCCUGACUCCUGUCCUUCAUCUGUGUGUAGAUAAUUCUUACUAAAUAAAGGAUUUAUCUUUGUGAAUAGAAA